UUAGUGAUUGUAUGUGCUUGUUUUCAUGUUUUUAAAGUGUUCGUUGGUGGCGCUGACGAUUUGACCGUCAAUUUUCCCGGUCUUUUUGUUAUUAAAGGCUGUUAAGCAGUUAUUGGUAUAUUUUUUAAAUGUAGGUUUAUUUGUGAUUGAAGUUUUAGCGUCAGUAUUAUAUCUUAAUUUAUUUGAUACAAUUAUACGUGUUCAAUUUCAUAUUUAAAUUUGUAAGUUCUAAGUGAUUUAAAGAUCGCCAUAUUUGAUACGAAAAUCCGGCAAUAUUAAAUACAACUUUAGCGUAUCAAGUUCCAAAUAACUUUAAGCCAUUAUCCACUAUGGGCAAUAAGAAAGUUGAGGAUUCAGAAUCUGAGGAGGAAUACUCUGUAGAAAAGAUUAUUGAUAAGAGAAUAAAGGAUAACCAUGUAGAAUAUCUACUUAAAUGGAAAAAUUAUUCAGAUGAAGAUAAUACAUGGGAACCUGAAGAUAACUUGGAUUGCCCUGAAUUGAUAGAAGAAUUUGAAAGGCUUAGAGAUAAAAAAACAGUAAAGGGAUCUAAAGAAGCUACAAAAAAAAAGUCACGACUGAGAUCACCAUCACCUACAAGCUCUGUUGAUUCUGAAAAAGGCAAAAAACAGAAAGAAAAGAAGAGAAAGAGGUCCCUUUCUCCAACAGAAUCCGAUGUUCCUGAACCUAACAUUAAAUCAAGUAAGAAGUCAAAAAAAAAAACAAAACGGGAACAAUCACCUGAUACUUCAGAUGAAUCUGAUGCUAAAAUAGAAGUCAAAAAGAGUGCAGAACAUAAAAGAAAAAGUAAAAUUGAUUCUGAUGAUUCAACUGAAGAGAGAAUUAAUAAUAAACAUAAAGAGGUUGAGCAAGAAGAUGAAAAUAAAAAGGAAGUUGAAAAAAAGAAGAAAUCCUCUAGUGAUAUUGAAGAAAAGAAGGAUAAGAAAAAGAAAAAAUCAGAUGCAGAAAUAGUGAUUAAUAAUAAAAUUACAAAAAAGCCAAUUGAAAAGAAUGGAUUUGAUAAGGGUUACGAAGCUGAGAAAAUUAUUGGAGCUUCUGAUACAACAGGAGAAUUAUUAUUUUUAAUGAAGUGGAAAGGCAUAGAUGAAGCUGACUUAGUACCAGCUAAAGAAGCUAAUGUAGUUUGUCCACAAGUAGUAAUUGCAUUUUAUGAGCAAAGAUUAGCAUGGCAUUCACCAGAUGAAGAUUAAUUUUUUUUAAUUAUAUAUACAAGUACCGUUCACUAUGACUUCAAUUCCAAUGAUGUCAAAUUUUCAUUCAUUUUGACAAAAAUAGUUAUUGGGUUUUUUUCUAGUUUUCAGUUUAUUUUUUUAUUAAGUGAUUUAAUAAUUAAUUUAGUGAUGAUAAUAUUUUCGAAUGUUUAAU